AUGAUUUUUUGUACGUCCAUUGCAGUCAUAAGGUCGUGCACAAUUCAUGAUUCAGGAGUAUAUGCAUUUGUAGCAGAGCCACCAAAAUCUGAAAGAAUCGUGUUGAAACUGUUUGCAGUGGCUAUUUAUGACAAACCUAUAUCCGUGUACAUUGGAGAUGUAGUAAGAGUGCAAUGUAAUGCAGCUACACUUAGUUAUUUUUUUAACAGGUUGUCACAAGAAUGGCUUGUAAACGAUAGUUAUGUGAUUAAAAAUUAUGGAAUUAAUUCCCUUGCAUCGAUUGAUGUAGAUACAAUAACUAUUGAAAAUAUACAUUUUCAAGGCAUUUGGCAAUGUGUUGUCAAGAGCACUGAACUUAAUAGUACCUGGGUCACUAAUGCAAUGGAAAUUAAGGUGAUUGGACUAUCAACCAGAUGGACCCAAAUAAUGCAAGAUCCUAUCAUAAAAAUAUUAUUCCGAAAUCGUUCACCAACAACGAUCAUUUUGAUUUGUACAAUACUAAUUUCAACUUUAUGUAUUGGCACUUGGUGCUGUGCUUAUACAUUUAACAGAUGGCACAAACAAAUAACAAAUAAAAGUUCCAAAGGAAUACAAAUUAAAGAUUAUGGAAUUCAUAAGAGAGUUCCAUAUCAACAUUUAUAAAAAUUGUUAUUUGAAUUGUCUUCAAA